CUCUUUCCAAGCUCACCAAUGGCAAUGGCAAUGGCGUCAUCUCUCUCCAUUCUCCUCCUUCUCUUUCAAUCCUUCACCUUCUCCUCCGCCACCCAACGCCCCAAAGCCCUCAUCGCUCCAGUAACAAAAGACUUCACCACCCUCCAAUACCUCACCGUCUUCUCCCAACGCACCCCUCUCAUCCCCAUCCACCUCGUCGUUGACCUCGGCGGCCGCCAUCUCUGGGUUAACUGCGACUCCAACUACAUCUCCUCCACCUACCGUCCUGCACCCUGCCGCUCCGCCCUCUGUUCCCUCGCCGACGCUGACGGCUGCGGCGACUGCUUCUCCCCUCCCCGUCCCGGCUGCAACAACAACACCUGCGGCGUCUCCCCUUACAACCCCUUCAUCUCCACUUCCACGUCCGGCGAGCUCGCCACUGACGUUCUCUCCCUCUCCUCCACCACCGGCUCCAACCCUUCCUUUCUUGCCACCGCCUCUAAGUUCCUCUUCUCCUGCGCUCCUUCCUUUCUUCUCCGUGGCCUUGCUUCCAACUCCACCGGCAUUGCCGGCCUCGGCAAGACCCGCGUCGCUCCUCCCUCCCAACUCUCCUCCAUCUUCAGCUUCAAACGCAAGUUCGCUCUUUGUCUCCCUUCUUCUCCCUCCUCCACCGGCCUCCUCUUCUUCGGCGACGGCCCUUACAAACUCCUCCCCAACAUCGACGCUUCUCAGUCCCUCAUCUACACUCGCCUCAUCACCAACCCUGUCAGCACCGCCGGCAGCUUCAAACAAGGUGAACCUUCUUAUGAGUACUUCAUCGGCGUUACUUCCAUUAAAGUAAACGACAAGGUUGUUCCUAUAAACACCACUCUCCUCUCCAUCGACGACAACGGCGUCGGCGGCACCAAGAUCAGCACCGUCAAUCCUUACACUGUUUUGGAAACUAGCAUCUAUAAGGCCGUCUUGAAUGCGUUCACUUCCUCCAUUAGUGGGAUAAAGCCAGUGAAGAAAGUGUCACCGUUCGGCGUUUGUUACAAUGCCAGUGAUCUUGGGAGCACUAGGGUUGGCGCGGCGGUGCCGGCGAUAGACUUGGUUUUGGAGAGUGAGAGUGUUUACUGGAGGAUCUUUGGGGCGAACUCGAUGGUGGCGGUGAGUGACCAGGUGCUGUGUUUGGCUUUCGUGGACGGCGGCGAGCGGCCGAGGACGUCGGUGGUCGUCGGAGGGUAUCAGCUUGAGGAUAAUCUCUUGCAGUUUGAUCUGGCGACGUCGAGGUUGGGAUUUAGUUCUUCUUUGCUUUUCCGGCAGACUACAUGCGCGAACUUUAACUUCACGUCGGUUGCGUAGAAGAAGAAGAGGGUGUUUUUAGUAUUAUGAAUAUUUUGUGGGGUGUGAAUUGCAAAAUGGAUUUUAUUUUAGUAUAUGUAAUAAAUAUAAUAAGGUGAUUAUUGGUGAAUAAAAGAGUGUUGUUGGAAGUAUUUAUUAAGAAAUGAUAGAGUGGUUGUGUGGUUUUG